AUGGACGUCUGCCGCUGCCCAGCUCGGGAGCUGAGAGCGGCGGGCCGGUCGACCCGGCUCCAGUCUACCUCGAAGAGGCUUAGGCUCUCGGGCCCUUCCUCUAUGAAAGGGGCACAGGACGCGGACGGUGGAGAACAGCCAGCGCCCUGUGGGAAGCUUCCUCCGCCGCAAGGGUUGGUCUACCACUCGAGCGUCGGGGAGGGGGCGGCCCCUUCCGAGUCUGCUGUUCGAGAAGGUCCCCGGGCCCCUUCGGCUCAGCGUUCUUCGGGCCGGGGCUCCCCGAACCCGUCGGCGCGCCUCCCCGUCUCCCGGCGAGCCGGAGUGGCCCGGUCCACCUUCUCUCUGCCGGGACGGGGGGGCCGGUCGACCGACGGCCGGUCUACCCGGAAACUUAGCGCGCCUAGGUUUUCACACGUAGGUUUCCCCUCGGUCCUGGCGGAGGGCCGGUCGACCCGGGUCCGGUCUACUUCGAAGAGGCUUGGGCUCUCGGGCCCUUCCUCUCCGAAAGGGGCGAAGGUCGCGGACGAUGGAGAACGACCAGCGCCCUGUGGGAAACCCGCGCCGACGCGAGGGUCGGUCUACCGCUCGAGCGUCGGGGCGGGGGCGGCCCCUUCCGAGUUCGUUGUUCGAGAAGGUCCCCGGGGCCCCGUCGGCUCUGUGUUCCUCGGGCCGAAGCUGCCCGAACCCCCUUCGGCCCGCUGCCAGGGCCGGGGCUACAGAAUCCCUGUCUCGCACCAGCCCGUCGAAACCCGUUCGGCCUUGCCUCGGUCCAGGCGGCGGGCCGGUCGACACGGGUCCGGUCUACCUCGAAGAGGCUUAGGCCCUUACUCUACGAAAGGGGCGAAGGUCGCGGACGAUGGAGAACGGCCAGUGCCCCGUGGGAAGCCCGUUCCGGCGCGAGGGUCGGUCUACCGCUCGAGCGUCGGGGUGGGGGCGGCCCCUUCCGAGUCUGCUGUUCGAGAAGGUCCCCGGGCGCCUUCGGCUCAGCGUUCCUCGGGCCGAGGCUACCCGAACCCAUUGGUGCGCCUCCCUGUCUCCCGGCGAGGCCCGGUCCACCUUCUCUCGGCCGAGACGGGGGGACCGGUCGACCGACGGCCGGUCUACCCGGAAGCGAGCGCUCGCGGGACCUGUAGGGACACGAUUGCCUCGACUUCCACAGGCGGCGGGGGACGGGUGUUCUGGAAGCGGUUGAGCCGCGAGGGUCGGCCUACCUUUCGAGCGUCGGGGAGGGGGCGGCCCAUUCCGAGUUCGCUGUCCGUGAAGGUCCCCGGGGCCCCGCCGGCUCAGUGUUCUUCGGGCCGGGCGGAGCUACCCGAACCCGUCGGCGCGCCUCCCUGUCUCUCGGCCGAGACGGAGGGGGCGGUCGACCCGGAAGCCAGCUCGCGGGCGGCGGGCCAGUCGACCGCGCUCCGGUCUACCUUUACGAAAGGGACCAAGGACGCGGACGAUGGAGAAGCCCCGGUCGUCCUGGCGGAAGGCUGGUCGACACGGGUCCGGUCUACCUCGAAGAGGCUUAGUCUCUCGGGCCCUUCCUCUACGAAAGGGGCGAAGGUCGCAGACGAUGGGGAACAGCCAGCGCCCUGUGGGAAACCCGCCCGACGGGAGGGUCGGUCUACCGCUCGAGCGUCGGGGAGGGGGCGACGCCUUCCUAGUCGAGAAGGUCCCCGGGCCCCUUCGGCUCAGCGUUCCUCGGGCAGGGGCUACCUGAACCUGUCGGCGCGCCUCCCCAUCUCCUGGCGAGCCGGAGGGGCCCGGUCCACCUUCUCUCGGCCGGGACGGGGGGGCGGUCGACCGAAGGCCGGUCUACCCGGAAGCGAGAGCUCGGGGGCGAAGGUCGCGGACGAUGGGGAACAGCCAGCGCCCUGUGGGAAACCCGCACCGACGGGAGGGUCGGUCUACCGCUCUAGCGUCGGGGAGGGGGCGGCCCCUUCCGAGUCCGCUGUUCGAGAAGGUCCCCGGGGCCGCGCCGGCUGUGUUCUUCGGGCCGAAGUUGCCCGGACCCCGCACGCGGGCCGACCGCCGGGCCGCGGGGGGGGCGGCGGGCCGCCGCUAUCGGAGAAGGCCCGCUGCCCGGGCCGGGGCUACAGGAUCCCCGUCUCGCACCAGCCCGGCGAAACCCGUUCGGCCUUGCCUCGGUCCAGGCGGCGAGCCGGUCGACACGGGUCUGGUCUACCUCGAAGAGGCUUAGGCCCUUCCUCUAUGAAAGGGGUGAAGGUCGCGGACGAUGGAGAACGGCCAGCGCCCCGUGGGAAGCCCGCUCCGGCACGAGGGUCGGUCUACCGCUCGAGCGUCGGGGUGGGGGCGGCCCCUUCCGAGUCUGCUGUUCGAGAAGGUCCCCGGGCCCCGUCGACUCAGCGUUCCUCGGGCCGGGGCUACCCGAACCCGUCAGCACGCCUCCCCGUCUCCCGGCGAGGCCCGGUCCACCUUCUCUCGGCCGAGAUGGGGGGACCGGUCGACCGACGGCCGGUCUACCAGGAAGCGAGCGCGCGGGGGAUCUGUAGGGACACAAUCGCCUUAACUUCCAUGGGCGGCGGGGGAGGGGUGUUCUGGAAGCGGUGA